AUGGUUGUUUUAUAUUUCCUUCUCCUGAAGCUUUUUCUGAUGUCGUUGCUGGGUGUUCCACUGGAUUUUGCUUUUCGGCUCUAGUGCUCCGCUUCACUUGCUUGUUUGCUCCUGUGUUUUCAGCUUGUGCAUAACUUUCUCUGCUCUUAUUCGACUGUCAUUUAUUGCUGUUUUCUUGUUCUCCCUUUCCUGAUUUUUUUUCCAGUGUUUCCGUGGAGACCUAUUCCUUAUGAUGAUGCGUGUUACGGCCCAGUAAUCCCUGACACGUUGAAGUUAGUGUUUCUUUGACACCUUCCUAACUGUCGUCCAUCGUAGUUUCUUCUUUCUGUACAUCUUGUAGGGUUUGGAAUCUGUUGUUGAAAGUUAUUUUGAAUUUGUUGAGUUUUUUAGUAUUUUGAAGGAAGGCUGUAUUGAAAAUGUGUUUCCCCAAAUGUCCAAAGUUUCUUUAGCAAAAGUUUCAUCUUGGACACAACCAAGUGAUCUGCAACUACCUCAGCUCUUCUCCUUUUUCUGAUGCCUUCCAUCGCCAUGAAUUUUUCCAGUGUUAAUGUGACCUAUCAGGUUUUCUGUGGUGUGAUCCAGUGAAACCCAAGUAGCUUUGUGUAUGCUUUUGUGUAGGAAUAUUGUGCCGCUUAUAACCAUUUUGUUGAAUGGAAAUAUAUUUGCAAAUCUCUCCACAUUUCCGUUUCGCGGACCCAAUCCAUGUCAUCUCAUGUUAUCUUCAUAUCCGUUUAUGUCCAUUCCGACGUUGGUGUUCAGGUCUCUCAUCCAGAUGGUUGAGUUUUUUGCUGGAAAACUGUCCAAGAUCGAUUGCGGCCUGUCAUGAAACUGAUCUUUAUCGUCUUCAUAGCUGUCAUUGGUGAGUGCAUAACAUUGGAUGACAUUCAUCAUGAUUCCCUUCUUCUUUGUUUUGAAGAAUGCUUUGAUGACCCUGGAUCCAUUAGAUUCCCAUCCUAUAAGUAUAUUUCGUGUUUCUAAGUACAGUGUAAGUGCAACUCGUUCUUUACGCGGGUUGUUGCCUUCUGUAUGACCAGAUCGUAACACAAUCCCUCCCGAAUUUUAUCUUUUUUGUCCAGCCUGGGGUCCAAGAAACGUGAAGUUACACCUCCUCGUUUUUGUAGUCCUUUGAUUGGUCAUCUCGAUCUCCAGUAUUGUUAGUUCAUUGUAUAUAUAUAUUUUUAAUUGUUGCUCUAGUUCUCAGCAAUGAGUUGAAGAUGCCACAGGUAUUUGGAGUUUGACAACACUUUAACCAGUAACACUUAAUAUGAAGCGUACCCAUCACGUGAAAUCAAAAACAGAAGUGAGGAGGUCCGAAGAUAUAUUUGAUAGGCAAUCGAUAUAUCGAGGAUCGUCUGAUCUAAUCUGGCUAGCGAUUGCAAGGGUUGUUGAGCACGGCGUCCCCACUCGUGAUCUGGUGCUGAUGCAUGACCGAGCGCCUUCAGCUAAGUGAGUCCACUGAGACUAAUGUGGUCAGCAUCCAAUGUCGAAAACUUACAGAGCUAUUUAUUUUGGAGAUUUAUUUACCGCUAGAGGAUCAACACUGUGACUUCCGAAAAAUCUCGACUUUCACCAUGACGCAUCAUAGUUCAUCCGAAUGAAGAUUACGCUACUCGCGGGUCAGAAUUCAAAAUUUUUUUCAGGCUAAAUUUUUUUGGCAAGGUUGUUCAAUACGAGAUAAGGUUGCGGACCUUAUGAAUAACAUUCCCUCUGUUUGUCCUGGCUUUGAACUGACAGAAAUACCAGAAAGGUCAUAAGCUGAACUAUUAUUAUUUCAACACCACCCAAAUUGAACUUUGUCAAUACGUCAGGUGUUCACUAAAACAAUAUCAAAUUAUGACUUAAUGGUCUGCGAUUCCGAUAAUAAAGUGCUGCAAAAGCUGCAGAUUUACUUCAAGAGAUGCACUGGAAUACUUCCUUAUUCUAUGGUUUCUCUUGACUCAUCUAGAAUUGUUGUUUUAUUUUUCGCAUCCGGUGGCUUAGCUCUUUUAGAUGCAUUGGACAGUGUGGAUAAGAAUGAAAUCAUAGAGUUUAUAUACUCUCACCAAAUAUUGUCAACUGAUAUUCAAGACAACAAGGGGGGUUUCAGAGGUUCAAAUCUCAUCGGUUGUUCUUCAGAUCCUGAAGAAGCUAAGUUGGUCCGUUCGAAGUAUGACGGAAGCCACGUAACAAUGGUUUAUUCAGCUCUUUCCACGUUGUUGUUACUUGGUGAUAACUUAUCUCGUGUAGACAGACGCGGAACUCUGGCUGGAUUAUCGGCUAUGCAGUGCUCAGAUGAGCCUGGCUUGUUCAAAGCAGGAGAUAUAUGUGGGGAACGCGACAUGCGUUUCGUAUUUUCUGCAGUUGCCAGCUGUUAUAUUUUGAAUGGACUAGAUUCUAUCAAUUGUGAAAACGUUGCUGAUUUCGUCGCAAAAUGCCAGACUUACCAAGGUGGAUUCGCUAAUUUGCCGUUUUUGGAAGCACAUGCUGGAGCUACUUACUGUGCAGUAGCUAGUUUGUCUCUUAUAGGUAAAUUAGAAUCCGUUAUCCCAUCUGGAUCCAAGUCGCGAGAACUGUUGAUUAAAUGGCUAUUGAACUUACAAGAAGAAGGAUUUCAUGGGCGUGUUGGUAAACCAGAUGAUACAUGUUACACAUUUUGGGUCUGUGCUAGUCUUAAGAUACUAAACUGUCACCAUCUGGUCGAUAAGAACUCAGCUGUUCGUUUUGAAACAAGAUGUUGGAAUGAUGUUAUUGGGGCAUUCACAAAGACUCCUGACCAGUUUUGUACCCCAGAUCCACUUCAUACUUACCUUUCUCUUUCUGGCUUAUCAUGUUUAUGUGCAAGUGACAAUUUAAAAACUGGGAACGAUGUAAAAUCAAUGGAUUCAGAAUCAUACGUGUAUCGUAACUUACAAGAAUUACUAAAUUCAGACAGACUUCUUACUGUUUAUCCAGAGUUAAAUAUUCCUGAAAGAUACCAUCAACGUUUGAAACAGAUUCAUUUGAAGUGGAGUAAAAAAUAAGCAUAUCGUUUCUACAGUGAUUUUUGUGAAACCAAGUUUCAGCUAGUACUAAAUCUCCAUAAAGUCGAAAUAUUUUUAUUGUAUAUUUCUUUGUUAAUAAAUGUUAUUUGAAGUCACUUUGUGUACUGAAGUAUUGUCUGUACGCGAAAUAUUGAUUUUGCAUGCAUGUUAUGUGUACAGUUUGGGAUUUUUUUUUACUAAUCUAACACCCGUUAGCAAUAGUUCGUACACUGAGAUUACUGUAACAUUAAGCCGUAGUACCCUUACGUAAUAUACUAAUUAUGUAAUUCCCA